UCUCGCGGUCUUAUGGAGAUCUCUUGCUGUUUUCUAUAUUCCAUCUCCUCCGCUCUCAUUUCUCGCGCCAUAAGUUUCUCGAAUCGCAGUCCCGAUUGGAGGCGAAGACGAAGAAGACGACGGCGAAGAAGGCGAUGGGCGGCGGAGGCGAAUCGGAGGCGACCCGGUGCGGCACGUGCGUGGUGGGGACGCCGGUGGAGCCCCGGGCGCACCCCGCGAACCAGCACGCCGCCACCUGGGUCGCCGGCGAGGCCCGCGGCGGUCCCGCCAGCUUCCACUCCAGCUACAUGCGCGCCACCCCGAGCGGCUCGGCCUACGGCUACGCCAACCUCAACCAGAGCGGCGGCGGCGGCGGCGGCGGUGGCGAGAACCCGUACGUCCACGUCGCUCCGCUGAAUGCCCCCGCGCCGUCCGGCAGGAGUCCGAUGGACAGGAUAUGCGGCGCGUUGAACCGGUGUGGGAAGAGGUUCGAAGACGCUACGCGAAAAGCAGAGACGCUCGCGGACAAUGUCUGGCAUCACCUAAGAACCAACCCUAGCAUCACAGACGCAGCAAUGGCUCGACUGGCUCGGGGGACAAAAGUGCUUGCAGAGGGGGGACAGGAUAAGGUAUUUCAGCAGACAUUUGAGAUUCUGCCAGGAGAGAAGCUCCUGAAGGCAUAUGCUUGCUAUGCAUCCACUUCCACUGGGCCUGUCAUAGGGACACUGUAUUUGUCAAACAAGAGACUGGCCUUCUGCAGUGAUAACCCUCUUUGCCAAUACUCUCCCUCAGGACAGCAACAGUGGAUGUAUUAUAAGGUGGUUCUGCUGCUCAAUCAGUUGAGCACUGUUAGUCCUUCUUCAAACAGGUUGAAUCCUACUGAAAGGUACAUCCAGGUUGUCACGAGAGAUGGUUAUGAAUUCUGGUUCAUGGGUUUUAUAUCAUAUGACAAGGCUCUCAAGAACAUAAAUGAGGCUUUACAUCACUAUCAUGACAAUAACAUGGCUGGAAGGAUACUGGUACAAUAACUCACCCGACUGAGGAAGAGAUUGACUGUACUUGAAUAAUUUGGAUGUGCGUCUGACUGCUAUGGAUACUCGAUUUCGAAUGUUUUACUUUGUAAUGUAAAAUAAAAUAAGAUAAAGCUUUCAUAGUCCCAAAAAGGAUCACUAGGGCUUUCUUCAUUAUUGCUCCUGUUAGAUAAGCCCGAAUGAAUACAGCCAGUCAUUUCAGAUGCCCAUAUUUGCUAAUGGGCUGAGAUAUGUGGUGAGUGACCAAUGCAUGGCAUUGGAAGGUUCUUGUUUUAGUGUUACUUUCGCUUUGAUUUGUAGAUAGUCACAUGUUGAAUAAUUGGCUGUUGUAUGCAAUCUUUCGUGGUCCCAGAAAGGAUCGCUAGGGCUUUCUUCAGUACUGCUCUUGUAAGAUACCGCGUGAAUGACUAUGGCCAGUCAUUUCAGAUACCCAUAUUUGCUCAAUGGGCUGAGAUGUGGUGAGUGACCAAUGCAUGGCAUUGGAAGCUUCUUGUUUGUGUCAUUUUUGCAUUGGUUUAUAGAUAGUCACAUGAUGUGUCCA